AUGCAACUUGACGAUGAGAAGAAGGCAUUCCACUUUGCUGUGUAUGAUGCUGUUCUUCAAAUCCCUGCUGGAAACGUGACAUCUUAUGGCCAUAUCGCUUAUUUGAUAGGUCGGCCGCAGAAUUCUCGUCAGGUUGGCUCUUCUCUUAAACAUCUUUCACACUUGAGAGACGUGUUGAACAGAGAAGGUGCCUCUUUGGGAGAAGUGCCUUGGUGGAGAGUGAUCAACAGCGCCGGGAUGAUUUCAUUAAGAGAGAAUGGUGAGUUCGAGCAGGCCUCGUUACUCAGACAAGAAGGCGUGUCGGUGCUGGAGAGGCAUAGGGUGGAUUUGGACGAAUACGGGUGGUUUCCAGACGAUAUUGAAUAA